UUUUAAAUUUUUUGUUGCUUGUUCGGGGGGUGGAACGCAAAACCUUAGCCGGAACUACUGAAAUCGACAUUCGCCGGCAGCUGCGUUAAAGAGAGGUGAACGUUUGGAAUUUGAAUCUCGGGAAGAUAAAUGAAAAGAAGCUUCAAAUGACAAUGAACAGAAUGUAAGUUCCCAAAUGGAAAGCGACUCUACAUUCCUGGCAAGUUUUAUUUGGCAUUCACUGUACUCAACAGAAGUCAUUGGCGCUGUGCAGACAGCUAGGUAGGGGCUACACCAAUCGUUGACACAGCUCACGAGACAACCAGGCCAUCAUAAUAGCAAAUUGAACUUGGUGCUGAUUCCCAGCAUGGCCAGAGUCUGGCCCCUACUGUUGUACCUUCAGUUGGCUGCAGUUUCGUGGGGUGGUGUAGCGUUAUCUGCGGGACUUACUAAUGUCUUGGAUGACGCAGGGCGUCCAUGGCAACAUGUAGAAAUGCCUGGAGCUGCCAGCAUGGAUGAGAUUAUAGCAAGAAUCAAGAAAUCAGCAGACCAGAUUAUGAAAACCAAACUACAGAGAACAAAAGAGAUUUACAAACUGGAUGACACUCAAGCCCAUCACAGGUCAAAAAGAGCCAUUCCUGAUCAGCUCUCUAAGGCAUAUGAACCUUUCUACGAAUUGCUAAGGAGUCAAGCUCUAUCUGAUGCCAGCGUACCAGGAUGUACUGUUGUUGAGUCCUUUUCUUUGUACAACAAUCAAUACAUUGUUGCAACCAAUAUCAGCUCAAAAGAACAAACAGUUCUGUACAGAUAUGAUAAUGGAACGUCAACUGUCCUGCAAGUUUUGGAGACUGCUGAUGUUAAAGAUUUGGCAGUAUUUCAAGUGGAGGAGCAAACCAUCUUGAUCAUCAUGGAAAGCAACUCUGAAACUGUCGGCCUUCCAACAGGCACUGUCGUGUAUGAGUUUGAUAACACAACCCAGAGCUUUCAGUAUGUUCAAAGAAUUCUAACUGACAAUCCAAGGAGAGUGGAAGUCUUCUCACAUGAUGGUGUCCACUAUGUGAUCUUCACUGGUGCUUCUGUGGAAAGUUUUGGUGUUGGAAUUCAACGCAGGGUGUCUUCUAUACAUAGAUGGAAAGGAGGCCAUUUGGAUAAGAUUUCGACAUUGAUUACUGGUGAUGCAGUUGAUGUACACCCAUUCAAUAUUCACAACCAAGUAUUUCUGGGGUUGGCCAAUCGUACCGAUUCUCACAUCCUGAUCUUCAGCCCACAUCUUGAGGCCUUCAGUAGAUAUCAGGAUAUUGAUAUCACACAUGCCAUUAGCUGGGAGUAUUUCAACCUUGGCGAUGGGCCAGACCAGGACCAUUUCUUGGCUGUCGCAAGUGAUAAAGGUGGGCCGAGUCAGUCAGUCAUCUACAAAUAUCAUCGCAAUGAGUUCGUUCCCUUCCAAAGUAUUUCAACCACUGGAGCCAGGCUGUGGCAUGCCGUCAAGAAUGCAGACGGGACCUUGAGAGUUCUUGCACUGUCUAGUGAUGAUGGCAUAACGUUGUAUGAGUACAGUGGCUGGCGAUUUGAGCUGUCUACUGUACUGAUUGCCCAACCUGGAGACCUGCAGGCUAAGAGUAUGACAUCAUUCAUCCAGAAUAGUCAGGUGGUUCUUGUCAUUGCGGAUAAUUCAACAUUGAAUGACAAUGUUUAUGAAUUGACAUUUCAUGCAAACUAUGCUGUGCAGCAGUUACAUAGAGAGGCGUCAUUAUCAUGUAUUCGUUUGAGAGCUAAGAUUGCAAGUUUAGAGAGCAGACUGAACGCUACACAGACGGCUGCAGAUAAAUUAGUUUAUAUCAACUCUUCAGAAGUUCAGAUUAUCACGGGCAACAAGACAUUCCAAGGGAACAUCUCCAUGGAUGCUGUUGUUGCAAACGAAACUCAUGCUGCAAAUGGUAUGAUUCUUGACGCCAAAGAAAAGGUUGAAUUCUCGGAAGUGAAGUCAAACCAGACACAGAGUUUCUCAGACCUGAUCAGCAUAGAAACACAGUUGAAUGGAGCCAUGAACAAAACAGGUCCUCAGCAAACAGUCACAGGUCAGAAAACCUUCAGCAAAUUGACGACUCCAGUUAUGGAUGCCAACACUGUCAACGUAGGAAGUGAUGUCAUCAACGGAAAUGUGAACUUGACAGAGUUAGUCACAAACACAUGGCAUAAGGACAAAACUCAGGUUAUUGACAUCGGGUUUAGUGUCUCUGGAAAUGUGACAGUGCAAGGAGAUCUGACAGUAUCAGAAUUGCUGGAUGGCAUUAAUACAUCCACCAUCGUUACAUUGUCAGGCAAUCACACUAUAGAGGGCAGCAAAACAUUUGAUGCCUCAGUCCAAGUUGAAGGAAACCUUGAUGUAUCACAAAACAUUGAUGGAGUCAAUGUGACUGACAGCACCCUUCUUCUUACAUACGGGAACCAGACUAUUCAGAAUCAUUUGAAUGUUAGUGGAGUUGUGACCUUCAUCAACGAUGUGGAAGUGGAUGGACUAGUGGAUGGGUGUGAUUUGUCAACUAUCAACCAAGACGCUGUGUUGACAUCAGGUGACUUUAAUGUCACAGGAAACAAAACUUUCACCGGUAACCUGACUCCAGAGUUGGGCAUUACCAUGGGUACAGGACGAACCAUAGAUGGUGUCAGUAUCCUGCAACUUGAUCAAACAGUGUUGAAGACAACAGGGAACCAGCAACUAACAGGAGAUUACAAUUUCACCCAGACUGUGGACAUUUAUGGCAAUCUUAGCGUGGAUGGACUUGUGGAUGGCUUGACUAUUCCUGAUGACAUCUUGUUGGAAAAUUCACCAACGCAGGCAGUUUUAGCUGAGAAUUGGACACUUCAUGACAUCACUGUAGAAAACAUGACUGUGGAAACAAGCAUCGAUGGUAUCACGAGAACAGCUGGUGGCUUUGGUUUGGAUGUGAUGCUAGUUAAUGGUGGAGGGCAGACAUUAGAGGGCGCUAUAUCAUUUGCAGGGGGCAUGCGACUGAAUUGGACGUCUCAGGUCACUGGGCUAGUAGAUGGUGUGGACAUUCCAUCAAUGGCGGCUGAUGCUGUGUAUAAGAGUGGCAAUCAACAAAUUACAGGAAAGAAGACGUUUGCCUCCGAUUUGAAUUUCCAGCAAGAUCUACUGGUUGACGAAUUGAUUAAUGGCAUCAACAUCACUGAAUACGAGUCCAGUGCAUUGAAACUCUUCGAUGAUGAUGACACAAUUGUUUUUAAUGGGGAUGUUGUACUCAAUGCUUCAGAAACAAAGAUGGCUGGCCCACUGAUAACUGCUGGCAAUCAUUCAUUUGCCUACCAGAGAAGUCUUCAAGAUCUUGUCAUUCAAGGCCGGCAGGACAUAAUCUAUGGCUUGAAGACCUUCCCUCAGGUUUCAUCAAAUCAAGAUGUAGAAGCAACACUAGUCAAUGGCAUUAACAUCACGUAUUACUACAGCGAUUCUAUUCGCGUCAUUCCUGGCGUGGUUCUUGUUAUUGAUGAUAAUGUUACAUUCUGGGAUGAUGUUACGAUGAAUGGUAACUUGACCAUUCAAUCGCAAAUUAUUGAUGAUGUAUACAUUCCUGAUAUUGUCACCAUCACCAAUAAUUCUAAAGUGGCUUUAAGGACGACAUUUACCAGCGAUGUGACGGCACAGAAUCUGUCUGUAAACAAUCUGACGUUAUCUGGUCUGUUGAAUGGAUAUGAUGUACAAACAGUUGACGGUGACACCCUCAAGACAAACCAAGCAGGAACACAGACAGUUACUGGCAGCAAGACUUUCCUGAAUGGAAUGUUUAUGAGUGGUGACCUGGUUGUGAUGGGUAACACAGUUGGAGUUGACCUGUCAGCUGUCGCUACUGAUGCUGUGUACAUCAAUCAUGCACACACUGUCAUUACAGCAGGAAAAACAUUUGGAUUCGCAGAUAUCACACACCUUAAUGCUACAGAUCACAUAGAUGGAGUCCACCUACCAUCAUUCAGCAAGAACGUCGUCAUUCAGAUGAUUGAACAGACAAUAGAGGGCGUUGUUACUUUCAAUCAAGACGUUGACUUUGAUGAUGACAUCACUGUUGCGCAAACCAUCAAUGGCCACAAUGUGACGACCUGGUUGCUUGAAGUGCUGAACGUCUUGAACAGUUCCUAUAAUGUUGAGCUUGAGUUUUCUGAUGUCGUAUCUGGAGAUAACGUGACUGUUGAUGGAUUGAUCGAUGGACACAAGAUGACUGACUUUGUUCUCAACGUGGCUGAGUUCCAAGCAAUCAGUGCUGCCAAGCGCUUCAUCGGAUCAUUGACAGUCAACGAAACUGUGGAGGCUCUGUUGAUCAAUGGUGUCUCUAUUGAUGAACUGAAUGCACUCGCUGUACGACACAAUGAAACAGAGAACAUCUAUGGAAAUAAGACGUUUGCUAGUGGAAUUUCUCUUCAGCAGAACAUGACAGUCACAACCUUAGUAGAUACAGUCGAUGUUCCAGCCUUACAAGUAAACGCCUUAGCAACCAUGAGUGAGAACAAGACAAGGCAGUUUGUCCUUGGCAACGGUACCCUAGGCAACAUCAUCGUUCUUGGUAACCUGACACACAAUGGUACAGUGGAUGGUGUGAAUCCAGAGCAGCUAGAGAAGACAUACAUGAGCCUGACCAUCCCACAGACCGUCACAGGUUUCAAGACACUUCAAGACACUCUAACCAUAGCUACUCCGGCAACAUUAGAUGCAACAACUAUCUAUCUAGAUGGGGAACUGAAUGACGUUGACUUGGAGGAUUUUGCUGAUGCUCACUGGGUGGGAGGUAGUGGUGAUCAGGUGUCUGGGGUCAAAACAUUCACACAGAAUGCUACACUAAGGAGCUCUCUGACCAUCGAUGGCACAAUUAAUGGUUUGGACAUUGAUGGCAAUGCAAUGGUCACCGACCAAAGCAACACAGUAACGGGUAUUAAGACCUUCACCGGUAGCCCACUGACUGUCAAUGGAGCAAUCAACAUGACAGACUGGAUGGAAGUGGAUGGGGUGGAUUUAUCUGAAUAUAAGAAGAAUGCAGCGACGAUCACAAAUGAUCACAACAUAACGUUACCUACAGGCAUAGCUGGAAUUACCAUACAAACAAAUCUCAAGGUGGAAGGAACAGUAGACGGCAUUAAUGUCUCAGCAGAUCACUUGUUGCUGAUAAACGGAACUCAAGAGAUCAGUGGAGUUAAGACUUUCACUCAAGAUGUCAGCGUAUCUCCAAAUAUCCUCAUCAAUGCUUUGCUGAAUGGCGUGGAUUUACCAGAUCUGUUCCACAAUACUCUUUUGAUCAGUCCCAAUCAGACAAUCCGUGGCAAUUACACCUUCAACACUGAGCUGAUAUUGAGUAACGUCACAACAUUGCCUGAUGUACUCGUUGAUGGUCUACGUAUUCCUGAGUUGUAUCGUCUCUGCUACACCUACCCAACAUUUGAGGAGUUUAAUAGAAGUCUUCAGAUGAGAUGUGAUAUGCUGAAUAAGAUGCACCAAGCACAGAAAAAUGCUGCAAUCAUACUCAUAUAUCUGAACACAAGCCAAGUUAUUGAUACAGUGGGGUAUUAUUCCUGGCAUGCAUUCUACUUCAACGACACUCAGUGGCUCAUCAAAGCACAGACGACAACAUAUCCAACAACUGAAUGUAUUGGUUCAGAUAUCUACCAAUGGAAUCAAACCACUGAAGAGCAUGAGUAUUAUCAGACACUGUUUCCCAAAUCAGCUGUCGAUGUGGACUCAUUCAUAAUUGACGAUCGAUUGUUCCUGGUCCUUGCCAGCAAGGAUAAUGACACUGGACAAUGCGACAACUUCUCACGAUUGAAUGAAGGUGAUGAUGUGGAUGGAAUAGUUACACUCAAUCGUACCACAAUCUCCAGUGAUCUCUAUGGCUACAGCACCACCAAAGUCUUAGUCUGGCUCCCUGACUCCGAGGCAUUCUUUCUCUACCAAGCUCUACCCUGUGUCUCACCCUCCGAUGUUGAAGUCUUCAUUGAUCCUUUAACGAAUCAAACCUGCAUAGCCGUAGCCAAUGAGGUCCAUAUAGACGACAAUCUGGAUUUCAUUACCGUCCUGCCAUCCUAUGUCUAUUGUCUACAGAGCCUGAGUACUGGCUUCGUCCUCAACGAUACGUUUAUGACUGCUGGCGUACGCCGUAUCAAACAUUUCUUCAAGGAUGGUACUCUUCACUUGGCCGUUGCUAAUAACUUGAAUCACAUCACGCAAUCCUUCCAAGCAGAAUCAGCAAUCCUCCAGCAAGCAAGCAACGGCUCUUUCAUCCAAGUAGCGACAAUGGAGGGAAACGCUGCAUCUGAUAUUCUCCCAAUCGCCAUCGAAGACAACUGGUAUAUCAUCCUUGCUAAUGAACUCAAAGGAACGCUCAACAAGGCAGACUAUGAUGUCCCAGUAUACGUCUACAAGUAUUCAGAUACAAGUACAUUGGAGCUAGAACAAGAACUGUCAGCAUUUGGUGCUCGGGCUUUAGGUUUCUACACUACUGAAGACCAGGCCUUCAUUGUUGUCGUAGAUCAGACUGCAACGAGUGUGUACAAGUUCCAGGGUAUUGACCUCUUUGUGAAAAUACACACAUUGGAAAUACAUGGUGCAACCAGUCUACACGUGUUCCCAUUGGCGGAUACUGGGCGCAGUCAGGCUGCAUUAGCUGUCUAUGAUGAGGAGGAUUUAUUUCUUGAUGAUCUGGAGGUUCAUGCCGUAACUGCUCCAUCGCUGAUUCUUGACUUUCUCUUGAUUGGUGAGAGACUACUCUCUAUUGCCUGUGAAGUCUGACUCUGCGCAUCGUACUGAUUCAUUGACCAAAUAAGUGAGGAACUUAAGGCGGAAAUGUAAGACACGAAACAGAACGAUUAUUUAUUUGACUACUGAAUAAUUAUUUACAGAUUUAAAUUAUUGAUUUAUUAAUGCAAAGUUAAAUUGUUGUGAUAUAAACUGAGUGGUACAUGGAUGAGAAGAAAUGAUGUAAAGUUGUUAAUAUAAGUCACUGCAAAUCUAUACUGGGUCAAACCUAUUAAAUAUUAAAAUAUGAUAUGUGUUCAAAUUUCCAUCACUGACAAAACCAAAUGUUUGUUUUUAUAGUCCCAUUUGUUGUAAAAUGUUUUGGAGGAAUGUUUAAUUCCAGGGUAUGUGCAACUUGAAAUAAAUCUCAAUUGGGACAGUGCAUUCAAACUUAUUUGGUUUGGUUAGUUUAAUUGGAUUAUUUUUAGUUUCAUGUUAUUUCCCAUCAUCAAAUUAACCUGUAACAUCCCCACCUUUUUUUCACUCAUUAAGUAUCACUCCACACGGUGUACAAGGUGGGAUUCGAACCAGGGCCAAUGAGAUCAGAUUAGUGACUGCUGUGACUAUGAACAAAACAAUUGUCAAAAUGAAGCAAGCACAGGUUUGCUUUUUGAACAAUUCCCAUUUUAAUGGGCUUUGCAAUAACAAAUGUCUUUACAUAAAAAUAGUGACACUAUUAUCAUGAUUUUUGAAAGUUCUUGGAGUAAAAUAAAUAUACGUAUGCAAAGUGUUCUAAAGGUUUUCAUUGUUCACAACUGAAUGUGCCACACAGUUUUACACAAGUAAUAACCUGAUAAGUGAUAACCUGAGGAUGCCUUCAGUAAGAUCCAAUUGUCAUUGAUUCCAUGAUGAGAUAUCUAGUAAAAAUGAAGAACAUCUGCGGACGUCAACUGUCAUCAAAGUCUCCUCUCUUCCCAGACCUGGUUUGACAAAUUACAGAUGAUGAAUUUGUUAAAGGUGUCAAUCGUCAUGUUGAGGUGUAUGUAAGUUUCCAAGAGUAGAGAAUCCCAUUCAGUGGUUUCCAAAAAUGUUGUGUUUUAAUACUGGUUCACUUGCGACCCACAGGGUAGGUCUAAAAAAAAAGUAGUGGCAUAAUGAUAAGAGUAUCUUGCAAGUCUUACCUUAGCCGCUGCUCGAUGAACUAUUGUGUGACGUAUUGCUAAUGCAUCAAUAUCCUUGGAGUAUCCACCACCAAUGACGCAUGCACAGGGAAUACCACGGAUAAAAUAUGAUUGAUGACCCAGAAAUCCCGAUCAUAUAAACCUGCAAACAAGCAUUCAUACACAGUGUUUUACUUAUUACUUUGCUGUUCAUUGCAACCUGAUAUUAAACACAAUAAUCGUGGUUCUGAAUUUCAA